AUGGCCCUCCACCGAAAACACUACAAGAUUACCGGAGCCCCGGACUACGAUAGCCCUGAAUUCUGGGAUCAUCGCUUUGCCACUGGAUGUGAUGUGGGCGAGUGGCUGAAUUCGGGCCAUGUCUUAAUCGACGCCGUCUUAACCGACCUGGGCCAACGUGCCCAUUUGAAGUCCCCAGGCAACCCCCCACGCGUGUUGCAUUUGGGUCCCGGGGUCUCACAUCUGGGCCAAAAAUUACGUGAUGCCUGUCUCGAGCGACGCUGGACAGCUAAUGGAAUCUUGAACGUCGACUUUUCCUCCGAGGCCGUGCGAAUUGGUCAAAAUGCCGAACGAGAAAUCCCUCCAGGACACGCUAUGCACUGGCGCCGAGCCGACCUCUUGCUCUGGGAUCAUGUCGCGACCUUGAUGCCCUUCGCUCCCUUCGAUGUGAUCCUUGACAAAAGCACCAGUGAUGCGAUCGCAACCUCCAGUGACUUCAAGGUCUCGGCCUUGGACGCGCCCGAAAUAUGUCCGACCGUACGAGAGGUAGCCCAAGACGACGACAAUGAUACGACGAUCUUGUCUCCAGUCGAGCUGCUCGCCUUGAACCUUGUCCCAUUGACUCGAAAGGAUACUACUUGGAUUACACUAUCGUAUUCUGCCCUACGGUUCGAUCGCAUUCCAGCCCUCAAAAAUUACUGGACUUUGCGUUCUCGCACUGCUCUAAAGGCCCCCGCUGGCCCGGUCUCGUCUUCCGCACAUACUCCUGAUGUGUUUCAUUGGGUCUAUAUUUUGGAUCGCAAAUAA